AUGAUUACUCUUGUAAUCAUCUGUUUUAUGACGCUAUAUCCUUGCAGCCUAGGCUACUCAGUAGAAGAUGAAUUUCUAAAGACUUUUAAGGGCUGUCCAGUCCUUGAUGUCGAGGAUCAUAUUUCUCUCGUGAAGAAGCCAGCCCCGCCAAGUGAAGCUUAUAUUAAGCUGCUCUUUGACAUUGACUAUAUUUAUACAUUGCUGCCACCUCAUAUUUGUGAAGAAGAAAAAGCUAGAUUUCAAAGAAUGAGCCCAGAUGACAAAGGAAAAACUCAUCUCUUCUUCCCAUCAGCUCUUUGACUCCCAGAAAAGAAGCUUUAUCUUGCAGCUGCCAGAGUCUCUAUUCUUGAUUCAUAUAGCUACGUUUAUAUCACUUUCUUUGACGAAAAUUGAAAUGAAGUACGAGAAAUUGAUUUCAUAGGAAAGACCAAAGUCCCUAGCAUCCUUACCUUACUUCUUCUAAAAAAAAUAAGGCUAUUUUACUCGGGACCAAUAAUUUUUUAAUUAUUUAUCAGAUAAAAAACGCUGAUUAGAUCAUUUAAUUUAUGUCCUGUCAAAAUAGAGUAUUUAAUCAUAUCUUAUAGUUUUUAAAGAUAAGAGAAUUAGGAGAAAUGAAGCGAGCCCUGUGGUGAGGACCAGAAGAUCCACGCAUCUUUCGAGCUCUGUCGAACGAAAUUUUCUUUAUUGCGACUUUGAUGGAAGGUGCACCAAAUUUCAACAGACAAAUAAAUCUGUAUCGGUUUUCAACUGCAACUCAUAGGAAGCUUGAGCUAGAAGAACACGUUGGGAAGGUAUGGCGUGUUGAAAAGAACUGAAGCCCACUUACAAUUGACGACAAGCAUCUGUAUUUCCUAUACAAGUACGAGGGCACACAAGUAAUUGAUUGCACCGAAGAACGACUGCCAUGCAAAAGAAUAUUUGGCUCCGAAAAAGAAUUAAGCCGGAUUCAUGGUUCGAGUCCUUAUGUUAGAUUUUUAAACACAAAUUAUUUUGUCUCAUUCGCCUGGACAAAUAUUGAAUUUAAAAAGCCUCACCAUCGCCCAGCAUUGUCUAUUAUAGAAGUGAUAGAUGAAGGACGAGAAUUCAAAUUGAUCUAUACCAGUGAGCCUCUUCAUUUUGCAUCUACAGCGCUUUCAGACCCUAAAUGGGUUAAAACAAAACUAUCAAAUAACGAUUUACGGAGGGUUUUGAUGGUCACAAGUAUAGCGAGAUGAGACUUUGAAAGUGGCGUUGCUGAUAUAACUCUGAGUAUUGAUGACGAUUUGGCUGUCGCUGCAAAAAUAACUGGGAUGACUGAUUUUGUGCAAUAUGUUAUCAAUGUUUAUGAUUAUGGGAGACUGCCUGAUGAAAACAAAUGCGCUCAGAAAUUUGCUGAAGAUUAUUUCAACAAUUUGCCCGAAGGAUUAUUUGUUGAUAUUGAUUAUUAA